AAACGACUGAACAAUUUCGCGACAUUGGGAGCGCGCCGGUUCAUGCAGUCGCGCAGGAGUUACCUAGACGGCAAAACCGGGUCUGCACUGUUUGGUUUCGUCUCCGCGAUGCAUCCAAGGAUACGAUGGAUUUUUGGUCGCGCCUCUUAGCACACACGCCGCUGGCCUCGGCAAGCUCCCGCAAGGACUUUGCCAAGGAUCCUGCCCGUCGCCUGUAUCGAUUUGAGAAGGAGUACAGUCAGCUGCUGCACACAUGGCGCAACUCGUCCAACCUCGCCCACGACCAUGAAGCUGCCGAGAACAUCGAGAUCCGCCUCCAAGAGCUGACGAACCUCCUGAGCGACGAGUCCCGCCGGCCCCUGCCCCAUCCCUGUAUCGCCUUCGCUGCCGCCAAGCAAGUCUACAUACCCGUCGCCAAAAUCGCCUCGAGCUCCCUCAACGAAUGGAUCAUCAAGGAAGCCGUGCUGUUCUUUGCGAGCCUGAUCGAGAGCGAUGAGGAGGCCUUUGUCGAGAGCGAGACCUUUGCCGCUAGCCUGACGAACCUGCUGGUUCGCAUUACUGGUGCAAACAGCAUCCGUCUCGGCGCUGAUACCGAAGCACGCGUCGUCGAGCUGGCCUUCAACAUCACCACCAAGAUUCGCCUUGACCCGGGGAUUCUAACCGCUUGGUUCAAAUCUCAGUCUAAUGGCUCGGACACCAGGCAGUUGGAUUACCGCGAGAAGUUUGCAGGGAGGACGCAGAAGCAGGACUUCCCGUUGUUCUACCUGCUGAUGGACUACAUCCACCACGAGGGCAAACUCGGCGACUUUGCCAGGACCGGCCUGCUCUACAUCAUUGAAGCAACGUCACGCUCAGUCUUGCUGGAGCAGUGGAUUGUUGAAAGCGACUUAUCCACCCUGAUGGCCACUGGCUUGGGGGCUCUGUAUAGUCAACUGAGCCGCAAGCUGGUCAUUGACCACCCGCCCAACGACCUACCUCCCAUCCUCGCUUUCUCCGACUACCAGCAUCCCAAGUCCAACUACGAAGUUGUCAGCUCCUGUUCCUUCCAGUUUCAGUCCCAUUUGGACACUUUCCUCUCCCACCUCCUUUUCUGGCAGGACGUCCUGAACCACUGCAGGUCCGUUGAGGUCAAGUCGAGUUUGCUGGAGCACUUCCAGGUCAUUUUCUUGCAACAACUACUAUACCCCUCCUUGCUCGAGUCUUCGGAUGUUGACGGCGGCUCAUCUGUGGCUGUCUUGACCUAUCUUCGCCGCAUUCUGGAAUCACUGGACCACCCCGACAUGAUCAAUCUCAUCCUACACUACCUGCUGGGCCUACCGGACAUUGUGGGCUCAGUCAACCCCGACUCGGAAGACGUCGUCAGCGCCGCCCGCAAGCGCAAGUCGCUGGACCUCGCCACCAUGAUGGCCUCCAAAGGAGAGGCUGCGGCGGAUCCCUUGCUCUUUAACCUCGUCGAUCUGAUUCUGGCCUGCCUGCGGUCCCAAAACAACCAAACCGUCUACGUUACUCUCCAGCUGGUAUCCGUGAUCCUUAAGAGGCACCAUCGGUACGCAGUUAUAACUCUCCUCUACACAGAAGGCGUGCUUGGCGAGUCCCUUCACCGGACAUCGGGCGCCCAUCAUCAGGAGGUCGAGUAUCUCAUAUCCCUGGCCGGGAGCGUUGGAGGGCAGGAUAACUUUGACGAAGUUUACGAUAAUAUUCUAAAGGACACGCUGGUUCGGUUGGAGAAUCACCCGUGCUCCAUCAAGCUGGUCACCCCGAGGAUCUCUGCUCAGACCCAUAAGCUUCCCGCCGUUCCCGACACCCUUCCCGGCGCACCACGAGAAGUCCGGUCCCACACCCUCCACCCGAGCGACCCACUGCUCAAUAUAAUUCUUGACCGGCUCGAGACUUUCUUCCUCAACCCUGUUGAUACGAACCUUGCUCUGACCGAGGCCAUCUUCGACCUUGCCGCCUGCGGAUUUAUGCAUUUGGAGGGCUGGUUCCUGCGGAGCCCGCUGAACUAUGUUUACGAGGAGGAGGACGACAGCCCUCCUUUGCCCGAGCCCCCACCGGACCCUGAGUCGGAGGAGUACAUCGAGUAUAAGCAGAUGCAGUCGAUGAGGGAAUCUCGCCGGCGGCCACGGUGGAUCCAAUCGAGCCUCCCGCGGCUACUCAGAGUCCUACAGUCCCUUUGCGAUCAGGUCGCCGUUUACCGGGAAACCGUCCCACGCUUCGACGACUUGCUCCAACAGCGCCGCGAGGCGUUUCAGAUAGCAGACUGCGCUAGUCAACCCCUUCCACUACAUCCCCCACGAAACACAGCCCCAGUCUCGCAACCUUCGGCGGCUACCACAGCUACUCCCACCGCCGACCGAACGACCCUGUUCUCCGAUGAGGGGCGCAACAUUUCGCGGGAACGCCCUUCCGGUCUCGAAGGCUUCGCCCAACGCAUCCUCUCCGAGCUCGGCACACCUACUCGCUCGGGCAGCCCGCGCGGCCGUAAGGAAGCCAAACAGACCCCAUCAGACCGCUCAACCGACACGCCCUUCCGCCCUCCCCCGCCCCAGCCCAGCAACAGAUCCUUCUCCCCGGGAACCAGCCCGGCCCCUUCUUCCACCCUGCCCACACCAUCUGGCCCCGCUCCCUGGGACGAUAGCAGCAACACGACCGCCGACGCCUUCGCCAGCCAGGCGAAGGCCUCCCAAGCGAUCGACCAGAGCAUCCUUGCCCGGCGAGUCGGCAUCCCUGACGUCUCCUGCUCCACUGCUGCUGCUGCCGCGGAGAAAUUGGUGGGCCAGCCGAUCGCGCUCAGUUUCGACAGCAGGCAACGGACCGCCGGGGGCGUGUCGGAUGCCGAUGAAAAGCUUGCUGCGGCCGAGGAAGAGGCUCAAGCCCACGAGGGUGGGGGCGAGGAUGCGUUGCUUGCGCCGUCGGAGGAUGGGGAGGGGUCGGAACGUGGUGAAGACGGUUUCGAAGGGGAGGGCGGUGGGGAGCCCGGUACGCCGAGCGGUGGUGGUGGUGCCGGGGAGAGGGGGACUGUGUCGGUGUCGCAUGCCUUGACGAAUGUUAUCGUGCUGCAGGCGUUUUUGUUUGAGUUGGCUAGUCUGGUGCAGGUUAGGGCGGGCUUGUUUGAUGAGGUCCGGUUUGCUUAGGUGGCGGAUGAGGGAGUGCCUGUGCGGGAGGGUCCGCGAGGGGGAAUAAAUGGCGUGGAGGUCGAGGUGAAUCCGGAGGAGGAAACGGAAGGGGAAUGUGAAAGGGCGAGGGACUGGUUGGGGCCGGCUUUCGAGGCGAGAGAGGUCCUGAAGGGACUGUUUGGGCUGUGAGGGUGGCUGGGGUUGGAGCUUAUGGAUGGGAUUCCGUGCAUUGCUUGGUGUUAGUGGAAUUGCUGGCAUUGGUAUUUACUGAGCAGCACUUUUUGCAUGGUAGAUCAGUCCGGUUGAAGCUUCUUGUGUAUUCACAUGUUGCGAGUACCAAUGGCCGUGAUGCC